CAAUUUGGGCGAACGUAUUAACACGGAUAAGCAGAACCGCAGGACAAUUCAACGCACGGCAAACGAAAUGAUUGCUGUUAAGCUUUUGGCGCUGUGUGCGCUCUGUGUGACAGGCAGUUCCGCACUGUCGUUGGUAGUGUCGCAAGAACAGAGCUACUUUUUCGGCACUAAACCGGCGGACAAUUUGCUGUGCUAUUCGAAAACCCUCUCGAAGGGAACGGCCCUACCGGCGUCGAUAAGCUACACCAACGCGAACGAUAAGAAGAUCAACUUCGUGACGAUGAACGCGGACAAGUAUUCGGUGUUUGGGUACACGGUGGACAAAACGGACGGUCAGCUGGGUACGCCGGCGAUUGGGUACCGGAUAAAUGGGCCGAGUCCGCUGACGUACGCGAUCACGAUCAACAUGUACUGUGAGCCGUAGGGAGGAGAUCCUUGGUAGAAUAAACAAUCGAGAGAGGUGUAUUUAUUUAAACUAAAACUAAAACAUUUGUUAU